CUUGCGCGACCGUUUUGGGUGCGCCAUGAAAGAUCGACCUUGCAGAGCGCUGAGGAAACAUGUCCUCACCAUUCAGGGACUAUCAGAAGCCCAGUUGGGCAGGGAAGUCUUCGUUGGAAAGCCUCUCCUUGGAUCUCAUUGUGAGCGGAGAGGUGCGCCGACGAGUAGAUCUUGAUCUCACCCAUGACGCUUUCCUGAUAGGCCGAGAAAAGAAUUGUGACGUGAUUCUUGAAGGACUGGAGAAGAUGGCCUCCCGGUAUCAUUGCAUCUUGCAAUGCAAGGAGGGCUCGCCAGAGAUCUAUGUCUACGAUCUCCGAAGCUCGCAUGGUACCGUGGUGAACGGGAAACAGAUUGACCCCUACAAGUUCGAGCCUCUUCGGGUUGGUGGCCAGCUAAAGUUCAACGCGAUAAAGCCAACACCUCGAGAUGUGCUCGCAGUGCUUUGUGGACCUGAAGAGGCCAUGGAGGAAGAGGGUGAAAUCGAUCUCACCGAGUUUCGAGAGCAAGCUGCAAAGGAACGUGCUGCUAAAGAGAAAGCGAUCUCAGAGGACUUGGCCCGUCGAAAAGCCGCCAAAAAGAAGCGCAUGCACGUGGAGGCUCAACGCGAAGCUGUUGCAAAGGCCUAUGCCGCACAGGCAGAGAAGAAGAUGGAGCAGAGGAAACAGAUCGAAGAAGCAGAUCGUGCCAAGUUGCAUCAGGUGACCUGGGGCAUGGCUGACGAUGCAGUGGACGUUCCCAUGGAGGAGCUUCACGAUGAUGCCAAACAGCUGAUGGAUGCCAAUGGAAAGCUGGAUUUGGAAAAAGUGCGUGCAUUGACUCUCUCGCAGAAGCAGGAGGCCAUGGUGCAGAAGCUGGAGCAGAAGCAAAAGAAGAUCUCCAACAUGUAUCGGGAGAAGCAAAAGCAGGAGGAGCAGGCGGCCUCCCGCGCACGGAAGAAAGCGGCAGCUGAUCUGGACAUCGAUGAGCUUCCUGACAGCGGCAUGGGGACCCAAAACAUGGAGCGCUUGCAGAAACUCACUGAAAGGAUCGAAAAAGCCGAGGAAGACUUCGGAAACCAGGUCGAUGUCCUCUUUGUCUCCUUGGGCCUCAAAAAGGCAGGCCUGGGCAAAAUUAGCAAGAAGACCGCUGCACUUUACGACACCAGAGAGAAUGAUAGCGACGAUGAAUUCUUUGAUCGUGCAGUCAAAGGUCCUGCACCUGAAGAGGCAGAGGCAGACAUUCCAACAGAGCUGAUGGGUUUGCCAACGUUGGACGCCGUGGAAAACGAGAAGUCCUUGGAGGUGAAGGUCUCUCAGUUGAAAGCAGAGAAGGGCCGCGUCAUGGCACAACUAGCAGCAGAGAAGGUGAAAGCUAAGAAACAAAGUUCUGCUGGCGAAGAGGAGGAUUCCUUGGACGCGUUUAUGAACGCAACGGUGGCUGAGCUCCGACAAGACAAAGGUGACAAGCUCCAAAAGCGUUUGGAGGAAGUAGAGAGUCGAUUGGCGAAAUUCGAAGCGAUGUUGGCACAGGCAAAGACCAAUACCGAAAAGGCCACCAGCGCUCCGACGGUGCCCAAAGUGCCUAAAUCACAGCCUGAAGCCAAGGCCAAAGCUGCAUCCAGGACGGCGCCAAGCUCCACGGCAGAAGUCUUGGCGCGUCUCACUGAAAAGGACAGAGCUCAGAAAGCUGAGAAGGCCGACAAGGCUGAAGCACCCAAGGCUAAGGCUGCUAAGGCAUUUUCUGCACCGACAGAGAAGACGCCAGAGCCAGCGCCGACACCGUCAACAUCCGCAGCAACAUCCCAAGCGCCGACACCGUCGACCCCGAAGUGUGGGAAAAAGAACAUAUUGUGGUGCGACACUGUGCAGUCGACGGAGGCGCAAAACGGGCACACGCUGAUGGCAUGGAGCAAGUCGACUUGCAACGUAGCAAAGCCCGAAGCACACAUUGAUCUGGACAAGGCUGGUCUUCAAUUCUUGAACAAGGCACCUGAAGCGAAGCGAAGAAAGGUCUAUGGCGUUGCAAUGCCCCCGCAGUUCCAGCGCAGUCGCGAUAUGGACCAGGCAGCUUCCGGUGAGUUGGAGGAACCACAAGGUUGAGUUGCGGAUUGGUUCCAGCCAUGAUCAUUGGUGCUGUGCUGAAUGAAA